UGGCUGCUGCAGCAAUUAGGGAGCCACGCCUGCUGAGCUCUAAUUUCUCUGAAUUGUGCUCCUUAUAUACAACCACUCUUUGUUGCUGAUGAAAGUUGUAUCUAGUUGCUGCAGGUCUCCUCGCCUAGAAAACGCUCUAAUAUCAGUUUUAAUUAUUCUAACAUCGCGAGAGCUUACAGUAAGACCCCUCAGGGGCCGGUCUUUACGAGCAGGACAUUAGAAUCCCGUCGGUCACUCUGACCAGUACCACCCCAGGCGAGAGCCAUGGAGUACCUCAGGUUCUGUAUAGUUUUAUCAUGCUGCGUAAAGUUUGGAAGUUCUGUUCUCUCAGAUAAUGCGCCUCAAGCCCCCCCGCCUAUUUCUAAAGAAAAACUGCUGGUGUUAACGGUAGCGACAGAGGAAACGGACGGCUUUAUCCGCUUCAUGCAAACCGCAAACUAUUUCAACUACACUGUAAAGGUGUUGGGAAUGGGAGAGACCUGGAAAGGCGGUGAAGUUGGUCGUUCGAUUGGUGGAGGGCAAAAAGUCAGACUACUGAAGGAGGCCAUGGAGUCUCUGGGUGAUCAGGAAGAUCUUGUCGUCUUGUUUGUGGAUAGCUAUGAUCUUAUCUUCGCUGGGGGACCAGAGGAGAUCCUGAGGAAAUUCCAACAAGCCAAUCACAAAGUGCUGUUUGCUGCAGAGGGGCUGAUAUGGCCUGAUAAAAGGCUGGCUGACAAGUACCCUUUAGUCAGAAGUGGCAAGCGUUACCUCAACUCUGGAGGUAUAAUUGGGUAUGCCCCUUAUGUAAACAGAAUAGUUUCACAGUGGGAUCUCCAUGACAAUGAUGACGACCAGCUCUUCUACACUAAGAUUUACCUGGAUCUAUCGAAAAGAGAAUCACUUAACAUGACUCUGGACCAUAAGUGCCAGAUUUUCCAGAAUUUGAAUGGGGCAAUAGAUGAGGUGCUUCUCAAGUUUGGGACUGACAGGGUGCGAGUAAGAAACACGGCAUACAAUUCUCUGCCUGUUGUGGUCCAUGGCAAUGGGAACACUAAAGAGUAUCCAGACGUGCUAGUCGGAGUCUUCAUCGAACAGCCAACUCCAUUCCUUCCUGAGUUUUUCAAACAGCUGCUUACCCUGGACUAUCCCAAAGAUAAACUGAAACUCUUUGUACAUAACAAUGAGGUUUAUCACGAGAAGCACAUUCAGAGGUUCUGGGAGGAGAACAGGGACGUGUUCAAGAGUUUUAAAGUUGUGGGACCAGAGGAAAACUUGAGCCAAGGAGAGGCCAGGAACAUGGGAAUGGAUCUUUGUCGCAAAGAUGCUACAUGUGACUAUUACUUCAGCCUUGAUUCUGACGUCAUGCUCACCAACCGACAGACAUUGAAGCUUCUCAUCGAACAAAACAGAAAGAUAAUUGGUCCUCUUGUCACCCGUCAUGGCAAGCUGUGGUCAAACUUUUGGGGAGCCUUGAGCCUGGAUGGCUACUAUGCACGAUCUGAGGAUUAUGUCGACAUUGUACAAAGGAAACGAGUGGGUUUGUGGAACAUUCCCUUCAUGGCGCACAUAUACCUCAUCAAGGGAACCGUUUUAAGGAAUGAACUUAAAGAAAGGAAUCACUUUGUUCUGGAGAAAUUGGACCCAGAUAUGGCUUUGUGUAGAAACGCCAGAGAAAUGGGAGUGUUCAUGUACAUAACCAACCGUCAUGAGUUUGGGAGGCUCAUUUCCACGGCUAAUUAUAACAUAUCUCGUUACAAUAACGACUUGUGGCAGAUAUUUGAAAACCCUGUGGACUGGAAGGAAAAGUACAUCCACCCAAACUAUACCCGAAUUUUUACUGAAAACCAGUUGGAGGAGCCUUGUCCAGAUGUGUUCUGGUUUCCUGUGCUCUCAGUGAAGGCGUGUGAUGAAAUAGUGGAGGAGAUGGAGCACUAUGGUGUAUGGUCUGGGGGCAAACAUGAGGACAAGAGGAUUGCUGGAGGCUACGAGACGGUGCCAACUGAUGACAUUCACAUGAAACAAAUUGGUUUCGAUAAGGAAUGGCUUCACUUUCUCCGAGAGUACAUAUCACCCGUCACAUUAAAGGUUUUCUCUGGUUACUACACAAAGGGAUAUGCAUUGAUGAACUUUGUAGUUAAAUACACACCCCAUAGACAAGCCUUCUUGAGGCCCCAUCAUGACUCUUCCACCUUCACCAUCAACAUCGCUCUCAACAACAAGGAUACUGAUUUUCAGGGUGGAGGUUGCCGCUUCCAUCGAUACAACUGCUCCAUAGAAUCACCAAGGAAAGGAUGGAGUUUCAUGCAUCCUGGACGUCUGACUCAUCUCCAUGAAGGUUUACCUACCACCAACGGCACUCGAUACAUCGCAGUGUCAUUUGUUGAUCCUUGAACUUAAUUUUAAACAUACUGUAAAUAUGUUCUAAAAUGGUCUAGGGGUGCAAAUGCAGUUUAAGUACAUAAUUUCACAGCAAGUUUAAAAGGUCCUGUAAAUGCAAACAUUAAACUAGCAUACCCAAAAUGAGACUAACAAACACAAAAAAAUAUAUCAAAAGAAAUAUGCAGCAAAUGUAAAUAUCUAAAUUUACAGAAAAUAGCAGCAAACAUAAAACAUGCUACAAACACAACACUCACCUCAAAUACAUAACCUAAUUGAUGCUAACACACAAAACCCAUGCAAAGACAAAAAUCCAGCAGUGGAAAAAACUAACAAAAACUAGCACAGCAUGAUGAGAGUGCUCCAGAGCACUAGGGGAGAAAGUCAUUGACUUGGGACUAGAUCCUUACUAAAGGCAUAAUGGAUGCUAUGAGCAAUUAAAUUUUAAAAAUAAGAGAUUCAAGGAAAAACUAACCUUUUCUUCCUUUUCUCCAGAUGACGUUUGGGAAGCAUCCUAUUAAUAUUUUUGCUAAGGGUCCAAUGCAUAGUUGUUUUUGUUCACUGUAUGUGUUUUGUGUGCUAUUCUACCUUUUGAAUUUCUAUUCUAAUUUUAUGAGUUUGCAGGAUCUUUUAAAUUUAUUGUAAAAGAAUUUGUUUAAACAGCAUUAGCACCCCUCUUUAUUUUUGCUUCAGUCAUUUGUUUUGGAUCAAUUUUGUGUCCGAUGGUUCCAUGAUGCAGUUUUUUUGUUGUUUUUUUUUUUCAUUUUAAUUUGAGCAAAUGCUUUAAAACGAAUACAAUAAGUUUAUUUUUUAAGAAUCUCUGUCAAUCAGUGAAUAUAAUGAAGAAAAGUAGCAAGCAAAUUAAAUGACAAAAUAGACUGCAAUAAAAAACAAGUAGACGGCUACAUAGCUUUGCAACAGUACAACUGUAAACAUUCAUUUUAGAGAAGAAAGCAUAUCUUUAUACUGUAGGUCGGUUUUUGUGUUUUACGGUAAUGAUUUGAUACCAUCUUGGUAGGUGUCAUACACACUGGUAUCUUCACAAGCAACUCAGCUGAAGCAUGUGCACAUUAGCUACAAUAAUUGUGUUUCAGGGAGAGUUCUGCACAAAUUGAAGCUUACUACUGGUGCUAGUCAACUUCAACUUAUUUUCAUCUAAGACAAAGGUCCUUAAUUGCCUGAGGCCAUACCGACUUGUUUUCCUUCACCAAAGAAGCUUAUUCCAGACUUUCCUUUGAAAGAACUUUGAAAAGGCUAGUUCUCUCAUUGUGAACAUGUGACGAGACAGCAGAUUUCAGCUCACUCUUUUGUGUUGUCCAUAUUUCACUGUCUUGUGCUUCUUUCUUUAAAAAAACGACAAAACUGAUUUGUUUUCCUGAAAAUGUAUUUGCCUAUUUUUCUGAUGGGCGUGACUGACUGGAUUUUGAAACUCAGCAAACGAACAUGUUUAAGUUAUUGUCGCGAUUCAAUAAAAUC